CGCGCGCACCGCGUCAUCAGUUCAAAUUGAAAAAGCGAGUGAAAACAAUCACGAAACGAAGUUUGGAGAGAAUAUCUCUGCGAAUUUAACGAAGUCUUGGAGUUAGUCAGUUGAAAACGAAAUAAGAAAAAAUGUCGCUGCUACCAUUCUUGUUCGACUACGAAAUGAGCCGCCCCCGUCUUUUGGAACAGCACUUCGGGAUGGGGCUGACACCUGAAGAUCUCCUGCACGUUACUGCUGGGCCUCUGGUCAACAGGGAGUACUACAGGCCCUGGCGCCACCUCGCAGCAGCUGCACGGGACGUCGGAUCCAGCAUCAAGUCCGACAGAGACAAGUUCCAAGUCAACUUGGAUGUGCAGCACUUCGCGCCGGAGGAGAUCAACGUGAAGACUGCUGAUGGGUACAUAGUGAUUGAAGGAAAGCACGAGGAGAAGAAGGACCAGCACGGGUAUAUUUCCCGCCAGUUUACCCGGCGGUACGCGUUGCCCGAGGGUUGUGUUCCUGAGACCGUGGAGUCGAGGCUGUCUUCUGACGGCGUGCUGACGGUGACUGCGCCCAGGAAGGUGCCGGCCGCUGUCCAGGGCGAGCGCAGCGUCCCCAUCACCCAGACCGGACCAGUUCGCAAGGAAGUCAAGGACCAGGCUAACGGUGACAAGUAGGGCGACGAUCUCUUUUACUUGAAAUUAGUCAUUCCUUAUUUUCUCUCUUAUUGUAAGACUGAUUGUUUUAAGUUACCUAAUAAAUACUCAGUAUUUAAACAUA